AUGCUAAAAAUGAGUUUGAAGUUGCUACUAUUUACUGUUUGUCUAUGUUAUUUUACUGUAGACAUUGCGGCGCUUACUUGUUACUCGGUCCAAAACGGACGUAAGUGCAAUAAAAGGGGAGCGAUGAAAGCUGAUUGAAAUAAAUAUUUCCACCUGAACACUAAACUGUUAUUUUUUUUCUUGCAGAUGCUCUUGCCAAAGCGGAGACGUGUGCCCAAGAUGUGGGGUCUUGUCUGAAGAAAAUUAACAAAGGAACAAAACAAUAUGUGCAGUAGGUUUUAGAUAUAUAAAAAAAAUCUCUGCACAAAUUUUUGAAUUCUGAGUACUACGAUUGUAAACUUCCUUUGUGUUUUCAGAACAUGCGACCGCGCCCACCAAUGCAAAGCAGGGGAUACAAGUUUCUCUGAUGGCACGUAUGAUUACUACUGUUGCAGUGGAGAUAUGUGCAAUUCAUCAUUUGUCGCCAAAGCUGGCGCUGUGAGCUUGGCGGUUGUUUUACUAAAGAUAUGGUUCUUGUAA